CAAUUCGGAACAACAUAUUUGGGGUUUAAUCGUUCGCCUCGAGGCCGCCAAACUGUUCGACGAUUGUCCAUAGAUGAUUUGAAGCUCUAGAAAUGGUGAAAUAACGUCUAUUCCUUUAAUGGAAUUAGGUAAGAUAUUCAACCUGCCAAUAGUUGAAGGCGUCCAUUCAACUGAGAUUAAUGGACAAUUGAUUGUUAUGCCGUGCUCAUCAACUUCACCAGAAGAUAAUGUUGUAGAAAAUAAUUGCAGUCACAUCGAAAAAGAUAGUUGUACAAAUAAAAAUAACAUAUCUGACGUAAAUAAAAAAACUGCUGCUCCUUCUGCUGAAAUGAACGACAUUAAAUCUAAAUUAUAUUGGCCUCGAACAGCAACAAUUAGGCUCAUACACUUAUAUCACGACCAUGAAUCAGAUUUUCAAUCUAAAAAAAAAACAAGCAAAUCAAUUUGGAAUGAAAUUGCAAGCUCAAUAAAUUCUGAAAAUCAUGGUAUCGUGAUGAGUUGGAGUCAAUGCUUCGACAAAAUGAAGUAUUUAAAAAUCCAAUACUCUAAAAAAAAAGAUAACAUGAGUUCUAAGUCAUCCGGCGCAGCAGCAAUGAAAUUUGAAUAUUUUAAUGAAAUGAAUGAAAUAUUCGGUAAAAAACCUAAUAUUACGCCUGAACAUUGUGCUGCAUCAAGCAGAUCAUCCGUGAAUACAGAAAGAUCCUCAUCAAAAAAAAAAAAAAAACAACGUUGAUCAGUUGAUUGAAAUAUUUGAACAAAACUCGAAGAAAAGAGAAAAAUUACAGGAAGAAAAGUUAAAACUACAGCGUCAAGCUAAUGAAAAUUUUAAACUUUACUCAGAAAAAUUAUUCAAUUUAUUUGAAAAACAAUUAGAAUAGAUUUAACAUUUCACACUUUGUUACUUUUAAACAACAUAGUAAAUUUU